UUGGUUCAGUAUCUCGGUGGCCGCACUAGCAACCGGACACGAAAGAAGAAACAAACAAACAAAAAACCCACAAUCAACCAACGAGCGCGCGCCAUCAGCAGCAAGUUUUGCGGGGUUUAGAAGUUUUGAGCACGCACUCCGACAAUGAUCGGCAGCACCGUGUCGCUGGCCACUGGCUGGCUGUUGUCGCUCGAGGGUUUACUGCUGCUGGGCUCGCUGGCACUGCUCUACUACUACGUCGCGGUCGCCGGUCAGCGGUACUUCGAGGAGCGGGGCGUACCGCACGAACGACCCUCGUCGAUCCUCGGCAAUGGUGCGGACUUUCUGCUGCGCCGCCGGCACUUCACCGACGUGAUCAACACACUGUACGGGCGGUUCCGCCGCCACCGUUUCUUCGGUUACUUCGAUUUCCUCUCGCCGAUCUACGUGAUCCGUGACCUGGAGCUGGUGAAACAGAUCUGCAUCAAAGACUUUGACCACUUUGUCAACCACCGUAUCGAGCUGGACGAGAAUCACGAUCCACUGUUUGGGCGGGCGCUGUUCGCGAUGCGGGACACCCGCUGGCGGAACAUGCGUGCCGUCCUCAGCCCCGCCUUCACCGGGAGCAAGAUGCGCCAAAUGUUCGGCCUGAUAACGGCGUACUGUGAGGCGGCGGUGCGGACGAUCGAGUGUGAAUCGACGGGCGCUAGCGGUUACGCGGAUCUGGAGAUGAAGGAACUGUUCCGCCGGUUCGGUAACGAUAUUGUGGCGACGUGUGCGUUCGGCAUCGAGAUUAACUCGUUCCGGGAUCGCACCAAUGCGUUCUACACGCUCGGGAAGGAGCUGACCAACCUGGACGGCAUUCAGGGGCUCAAGUUUCUGGCGUUCAGUUCGUUCCCGCGGUUGAUGAAGUUGCUGCGGAUGCGGUUGUUUAGCGACAGGAUGACGCGCUUCUUUCGCCACGUGGUGCUGGAUACGAUUGCGCAGCGCGACCGGAAGCGCAUUGUCCGGCCGGAUAUGAUCCACCUGCUGAUGGAGGCCCGCCGGCAGGAGCUGAAGCUCGAUGAGAACGGGAAUGUGCGGCUCGGUAACGGAGCGGCGGAUGACGGUGAUUCAGGGAAGGGCGCACCGUCGAAGCGGCUGAUGGAUUGGACCGACGAUGAUCUCGUGGCACAGUGUACGGUGUUUUUCUUCGGUGGCUACGAUACCGUGUCGACCCUUUCCUCGUUCCUGGCCCACGAGCUGGCCGUUAACCCGGACGUGCAGCGCCGGCUGCGGGCGGAGGUGGACGAGGUGCGCACCGCGCUCGCCGGUGCACCGCUCACCUACGAAACGAUGCAAUCGAUGCGGUACCUCGAUAUGGUCGCCAUGGAAACGAUGCGCAAGUGGACACCGGCCCCGUUCCUCGACCGGAUGUGCACGAAACCGUACGUGCUGGAGGACUACGACGGGCGUAAGGUGCAGCUGCGCAAGGGUGACGGCAUCUGGAUACCGGCGUACGCGAUCAUGCGCGAUCCGGACCUGUUCCCCGAACCGGACCGCUUCGAUCCGGAACGGUUCGCAGCGUCCGCCGGCAAGGGCACCGGCGUCGAUCCGGCCACCAUGCUGGGGUUCGGCAUUGGGCCACGGAACUGCAUCGGGUCCCGGUUUGCCCUGAUGGAGGUGAAGGCCGUGUUUUACUAUCUGCUUAGCCACUUUCACCUGGAGAUGGCCCCCGGGACCCAGCAUCCGCUACGCCUGAAGAUCACCAGCUUGGCACCGGCCGCCGAGAAGGGCUUCUGGAUACGGUUCCGGGUGCGCGAACCGACCAGCACCGGCCGAGGCAGCACCGAUGGUUGCGGGUUAAUUGGGGGCAAUUGAUCGUUGGAGUGAUUUUUUUUGUUUUGUUUUCGUUGCUCCCACUUCCUAUCUUAUCUUUUCUUCUACCCACUCUCUCCGUUGUUUUUUCUUCUUCUCCUGGGUCGUUUGCGAGCUCAUCGAGUCUUGAAAUAGAAUUCGGUUAUCUUGUCACUGGGCGAGCGGCGGGCGGCCGGGUGGAGUGCACCUUGCGCGAGAGCAAACAAUAAAACCUUUUUGUUUGGCGUGCAAACAACGUGCGGCUCACUGUC